UGUGACCCUAAAAUCACCAACAGUAGUCUCACCACUCCGAUGGUUGGGUUUCUGGGGAAGGCUCGUGAACUGCUCGUGGCUCUGGUUCGUCCGGUGGAAUCUCGCCGGAAUCUGCACACUCUAACAAGAAGGGCUGCUAGUAACUUCGGACGCUGGUUGGGGGGCUGGGACGAAGAAGAACUGGUCUCUAUUGGAAGUUUGGGUGGAGGAUGGUCGGGCUACACUGAAGGAUCUCUGCUCGGCGGUCUCGUUUGAAGGUCUGGUAUAAUGAAGGUAAGGUUUGUUGAAGCUUAGAUCUCUUUGGACUGGUUGACUGCUUGAGGUUCGCCGGAAUUUGGGACUCCCUAACUCGCGGUUAGUAGCCCCGGGUGGCCGGGUGUUACCUUGAGGGGGGGGGGGGGGGGGGGGGCAACGGUGGGGAACGAGCAAUGGCCGGAUUCCUGUUUUUCGAUGGUGUGACUAAUGGUGGAUGACCUUUCCGGUGAGAUGUGUGGUGCAGGCAGACUGCUUUAACAACGGUAUGUACAACCUUUGUCCCCCCGGCUCACUCCCUCUCUAUCUCUUUCUCGAUCUAACCAAGCCUAUGAUCACUCCGGCAAACUAAACAGAGUGGUCCUCCAUGGCCCUUGGCCACCAUUUGUUGUUGGCGUACUCCGCCGUCUGGGGAGGUGAAAGAGACAGUUGGCCGGAGUUUCUUUCUGGUACCACCCUCCCUUGGCAGCCCUCAGUGAAAACCUGAUCCCCAGGUUAGUAGCGUCGGUGUGGCUAAUGCUUUGCGCAUUCACCGGUCUGAGGUUCCGGAGUUGGUUUGAUUGAGGGCUGGUUCGCAUUGGAGCCUUGCGAACUGGUCACCGUCCCGUUCUUAUGCCCCCCACACUCUUCCAGGACGAAGGUCUCCGGCGUCCGCAGUAGAGGGCUAUAAUGGUCGGGCGCUGGGUUGGAAUGGUUGUAGUGGAAUUCUACAGGUGUGGGGUGGUGCCCAAGAAGCCCGUAGCUGCGCGGAAGGGGUCCUGGGCCUCACGGGGAGUGUGACAAGAACGGUGGGACUACCUACCGGAGUUUGGGUUCAGAUUUCGUACUUCGGCGGGGAUGCACUGGGUUGGAUGCUUUCUUGUUCGUGGUGCUCGUCACAUUUCGGGCUACUGUUCAUCGCUGCUCAAUGCCUUCUGCCGACGCCGUCGGGGGCUGCCGGGGCUCGACGGGGGCAGGGGUGGCAAGUGGAUUUACGAUGGGCUUGGUUUUUCUCCGGCUGGUUACGUGCCCUCUUCUUCGGCCACCUGACUGUUUGGGGGAUGCUGGAACUCAGAUGGGGUGGUGGGGGUGGGGUGGGAGGCCUGGUGGGUUCGGGGUGCUUGCUUUGCCGCUCAAUUGUGCGGCGCAUCUCCUAACCGAUGGAAGGGUUUGGGGCUGACCCGGUUUGCAGCUAACCCUAGCCUGCUUGGGUGGUUGUGGACUUGGGCUGUGACUUCUGGACUUGCUGUGGAUACUUUGGAAGCUGCUGGGCCUCCUCUCCUUGGUUACUUGAGACUUGGUCCACUGCUUGGGUUCGAUUGGGCUGCUCAGUGGAGCCUGGGUUAUGCGGAGCUGUUUGUGAUACUGCUGAGCAGUUAACUAGGCCGCUGGAGUUGAUCCACUUGGAGGAUGGUACUUUAAUGUCUCGGAAUCCUUGGGCUAUGCGGACAGCGAGGCAGGUAGUUUUUACCUUUGAUGUUUAUUUUGGAUACGAGACGGGGCCUGUCACGUGCCGUUGGGACUUUCAUCAUAAAAUUCUCACCCCCACUCACCUCCCCAAAGGGGUGGGUGGGGGGUUUGAAUGGCUUUUUUUAGCCAUCCAACUUAUUAGUAUAAUGAGUUGCAUCACAUGGCUAAGUAACUGGUGCUACUCUAACAAGUCGAAAUGGAGUUUCACUUAUAAAAUGUUAUUGGGAACCAUCCCGCUCAUCCUGGUCCUUAUACUGAUCAUCUUUAUGUUCAUUUGGUAUGCACCACACCGGUCUUGUCCAAUAGUCGUUUUCAUUCUAUGUGGAACUAUCCUAAUCUUCAUAAUCAUGGGGGGUUUUGCAUAUCGUUCUUCUAAAGUGGUCCAGGUGGAAGCUUGGUAUAUGAAUGCUUCUUUAAUGGCACUUUAUGUUGAAUACAUCUGUUGGAGCACACUCAAAAGGUCAAAUUUUACAUCUUCAUUAAACAUGUCAUGUCUUAUGAUCUUUUAUUUAGUUUUAACUCUUGAACGAGUGAAGUGUUUCCUAAAAUUACUUAUUGGGAUAUUGGGCCGUGAGGACGACGACCGGCCCAACAUCACUAAGCCACCUCAUGCCUUGUCUCCCAAAUGCACAAGGACCAUUGAUGUCGAGCACCAAUCGCAAGCCGAAUGAGACCAAUGUAAUGGCCGAGCCCGAAAGGUCUAUGCCGGGAAUCAGGAAAGGAGGUGAGCGCCAUGAACCAUGCCAAGUGGCACAAAGGGAAGGACCAGCCUAGUGAUGCUCCCGAUCAGUCCCACGAGCCUACGCUCGGCCUAGUAUACCUCAAGAAAGAUGCAUGUUAAAGGGUGGAAGUGCUGCUUCGAAAUUGGAUUGGCUCACCAUCAAUAGCUUUGUUGUGGCUUUCCUUGCAAUUGUGAUAUCGACUUUUUCAACAGGCAUCAAUUCAAAACGUUUUCUGCUAAGACGACCGAAUGAGCAACGCCAAGGCGAUGAUGUCCCAUAUGGGUAUGGGUUCCUUCACUUUGUUUUCGCCACCGCGACGAUGCUUUUCUCAAUGCAAUUAGUUGGCUGGAAUGACAACGAUCAUAUGAAUAAGUUUACGAUUGAUAUCGGCUGGAUUGGUACUUGGGUGGGGAUAAUACAUGAAUGCGUAGCAGCCGGUUUUUAUGGUCCUCCUUUCUUCAUCUCCAUUAACAUUCCUCAGCCACAACGAACAUGAUGAUGGAUAAGUAUUGACAGAUGUGACAUCGACGUCAAUGAUAGCGACAUGGAAAUAUCGAUGGAACUCUUCGACGACAGUACCUCGCACGAACUAGUGUGCGACGAUGAUGGAUCUCUACGAUGGUGAUGAUGGUGACUGCGCUGCACCAAGCUCCAACAAUGGUGGUGAGACUCCAUUGACGAUGACUCCAACCUCGUCUGGAUUGAAUGACUAGCUUGAGUUCGUCUUCUUCUCCUUCCUCUGCUCGUGACUUGAUUUAUUUUAGUUUCAGGAAGAUGGUGAGUUGCAUUUCAAAUCUGUGAAUCGAAGAAGCUAACCUUUGGAACUGUAACGGCGGUCGCGAUGUCUAAGGAUUUAAGGAUUGGGUGGUGUAUGGACGAUGUGGUGGUCACUGGCGUGGGGCCAGUUGCGAGAAUUUGGGUAAAGGUCCUCCCAUAAACAAUAUUCUUAAUAAUAUUGUAUUACAUCCCCUCAAACUCAAACUGUUUGGGAGAUACAACGCGCGGGUUGUUUUUUAAAAAGUGAAACUGGUGAUUAGAAAGACUUUUAGUAAAAAUGUCAGUUAAUUGCAAUUGUGUAGGGAUGUACUUAACAACUAAAUCUCCAUGCGCCACACGUUCUCUG